UGACCGCUGGCCCUUUCGCAGGCCGGCCGUGCUUAGCAGAGGCCCGUGCAGCCGCCCCUGAGCGCGACCAUGGGCCUGCUCGCCUUCCUGAAGACCCAGUUCGUGCUGCACCUGCUGGUGGGCUUCGUCUUCGUGGUCAGCGGGCUGCUCAUCAACUUCACCCAGCUGUGCACGCUCGUCCUCUGGCCCGUGAACAAGCAGCUGUACCGCCGGCUCAACUGCCGCCUGGCCUACUCGCUCUGGAGCCGUGAGUGUCCGGCCAGCAGGCCCUGUCCCGGCCGGGCCCGUGGGGGGCCCCCAGGGGGCCAUUCAGCCCGCUGGAGGGCCCGGACCUGGGGAGGGCCUGCGUGCGCUCGGCACCUGCUCGGGCUUGGGCAGCAAGCUGGAAUAAAGACCGGCUCACUCCUCAGCGUUCCGGGGGGCACAGCCUUCCAGGGGCACAGCCUUCUGGGGGGCACAGCCUUCUGGGGGACACAGCCUUCCCGGGGGGGCGUGGGGCAGUGUCCGCGCGGGGGCCGCCUCACCGCCCGCCCGCCCGGCCAGUUCCUCCUGUACUGCGAGGGUACCCGCUUCACGGAGAAGAAGCACCGCGUCAGCAUGGAGGUGGCUGCCGCCAAGGGGCUGCCCCCGCUCAAGUACCACCUGCUGCCGCGCACCAAGGGCUUCACCACCGCGGUGCAGUGCCUCCGUGGGACAGUCUCCGCUGUCUACGACGUCACGCUGAAUUUCCGAGGAAAGAAGAUCCCGUCCUUGCUGGGCAUCCUCUACGGGAAGAAGUACGAGGCCGACAUGUGUGUGAGGAGGUUCCCUCUGGAGGAGAUCCCCCUGGACGAGAAGGAGGCGGCGCAGUGGCUGCACAAGCUGUACCAGGAGAAGGUGGGCUGGGGGGCGCUGGGGGCGCUGGGGGCGCUGGGGGCCCGGGCCGGCCUCUGGCGCCAGCUUGCUUCAUUCUUCUUGACUUUUGAAAUCAAGCUGAAGGCGUAG